GAGAAACCAUUCAGCUGCUCAGUCUGUGAGAAAUCUUUUGCACGGAGAGGACAUUUAAAGAGACACAUGAGAAUCCACACAGGAGAGAAACCAUUUAGCUGCUCAGUCUGUGAGAAAACGUUUGCACAGAGAGGACAUUUAAAUCUGCACAUGAGUGUCCACACAGGAGAGAAUUCAUUCAGCUGCUCAGUCUGUAAGAAAACUUUUACACAAAGAGGAUCUUUAAAGGGCCACAUGAGAAUCCACACAGGAGAGAAACCAUUCAGCUGCUCAGUCUGUAAGAAAACUUUUACACAUAGAAUAAGUUUAAAAGACCACAUGAGAAACCACACAGGAGAGAAACCAUUCAGCUGCUCAUUUUGUAAGAAAUAUUUUACACAGAGUGGAAAUUUAAAUAGACACAUGAGAAUCCACACAGGAGAGAAACCAUACAGCUGCUCAGUCUGUAAUCAAUCUUUUGCAGUGAGAGGAAGUUUAAAGGACCACAUUAGAGUCCACACAGGAGAGAAACCAUUCAGCUGCUCAGUCUGUGAGAAGUCUAUAACACAUAGAGGAGAUUUAAAGAGACAUAUGAGAAUCCACACAGGAGAGAAACCAUUCAGCUGCUCAGUCUGUAAUCAAUCUUUUGCAGUGAGUGGAACUUUAAAGGACCACAUUAGAAUCCACACAGGAGAGAAACCAUUCAGCUGCUCAGUUUGUAAGAAAUCCUUUAUAAAAAAGGGACAAUUACAUCGACACAUGAGAAUCCACACAGGAGAGAAACCAUACCGCUGCAGUGUUUGUGACAAAAUAUCCACCUGGAGUAGUCGUGUCAAAAGACAUAAGUGUGUUGGUCAUCAGUCCUCACAGUUUCAUCAAACUCAAACUGAGGAGAACAGAGAGGCAGAGCCUCCAGCCAGCAGCUCCGCUGAACACAUGGAAACAGAAGCUGAUGGAGAGGACUGUGGAGGACCAGAACCAGCCAGGAACUCAGAUCCAGAGAGACAUUUACAACCAGAGGCUGAGGACAACCCUGGAGACUCUUCUAAACCUGACACUGGAGACAGAGAAGACGAUGAUGGAAACAUUGCAGUGAAUGCCUGUCCGAGUUAAGCUUUUUGAAAAAUACAUUUUCCGACAGUGGUGAAACAUUUAACAGCAAUCACCAGGGAGAGGAAUUGGUUACGGAAGGUGGAACUCAAAACCAGCAUAUGCCGAACCAGGAGGACCCAGAGCCCCCCCCACACAUUAAAGAGGAGCAGGAACAACUCUGGAGCAGUCAGGAGGGAGAGCAGCUUCAAUGGCUGGAGGAGGCUGAUAUCACCAAGUCCAAAUUCACUCCUGUCACUGUGAAGACAAACUGAACACCUGGAAACAGAAGCUGAUGGAGAGGACUGUGGAGGACCAGAACCAGCCAGGAACUCAGA